GUUUGGCACCAGGGCGGAAAGAACUCUACUGGAACAAGUCCACACUCACACUCCACGCUGCAUACUAUAUUCUCAGCGCUUCUCCCCAUUUUCUUCCUCGUCACUUCCCCCUUCCCUUUGCCGCGUCUUCAUCUCUUGGCGCCAGUCCGCCUUCUCCAGCGAGCCAGCUCCGGGGCUCUUCCCGAAAGGAUCGACCACCUUCAAGGCCUCCGGGAAAGUAUUAGGUAGUACAAGAUAACUGGAGAUGGCUGACUCAUUUGUGCUCAACACUGGAGCAAGAAUACCAUCACUCGGCCUCGGCACAGCAAAAACAGAACCUGGGACCGUCGGGGAGGCCGUCUACACUGCUGUCAAGGCUGGAUACCGGCAGAUUGAUUGUGCUCCGGCAUACCGCAAUGAGAAGGAGAUUGGUCUGGCUCUGAAGAAACUAUUUGAGGAGUCUGUGGUUAAGCGGGAAGACCUAUUUAUCUCUUCUAAGUUGUGGUCUGGAAAUCACGCCCCAGAAGAUGUACCAGAGGGCAUCGACACUACUCUUGAAGAUUUGCAACUGGACUACUUAGACCUGUUCCUUAUCCAUGCUCCAGUUCGUACUGAGAAAGGCGCUGUCCGAACUGCUGAAAACUAUAUUCCUCUUGAUGUUCCUGCUACGUGGGGAGCAAUGGAGAAGUUAUAUGACUCUGGCAAGGCUCGUGCAAUCGGUGUGAGUAACUUCUCUUGUAAGAGGAUGGAGGAUUUGCUUGCCAUUGCUAGGGUAACUCCAGCAGUCAACCAGGUUGAGUCCCAUCCAGGUUGGCAGCAAACAAAACUCCGUGCACUUUGCCAGUCAAAGGGUGUUCAUAUUUCUGCAUAUUCACCACUAGGUAGACCCGGAUCACCUGCUUUCAAGGGUCCAAGCUUUCUUAGCAACCCUAUUGUCAUCUCUGUUGCCGAGAAGUUACAGAAAACUCCUGCACAGGUUGCUCUACGCUGGGGUCUUCAAAUGGGCCAGAGUGUAGUUCCAAAAAGCACCAAUGAGACAAGGAUAAAGGAGAACUUUGACAUAUUUGAUUGGUCUAUUCCUGACGAUUUGAUGUCAAAAUUCUCUGAAAUCCCACAGAUUAAGACGCUAAGAGCUGAAUUUGUAGUUCACCCCCAAGGUCUUUACAAAACCGUGGAGGAUUUCUGGGAUGGUGAAAUCUGAAGCUCUACACUAAAGGCAUAGCAGUAUAGCAUGCCAGCACGAAUCCCCUACUUCUUGUCAUUGGUUGUAUGCAGAUGCAGAUAUUUCCCUUGAACUGCUGGGAAUAAAUGUCUUCUUUGACAGAACAGAAUUAAAAUAAUUGCUAGAUCA